UCAAUAAUAAAAAGUGCGUUAUGUUAUGACUGAUGCUCAAAAAACUUUUCACUAUCCGUCAAUUAUAGUCUGAAUAAUUAGUAACAAAAUAUUUUUAUUAUUGUUAAUAUUAUUAGAGACCAAGAAGCAAUAAUCUCCGAGCUGUCAACAAGUAACUCCAAAAAGAAGCUUUAAAAAAAACAUUAGUCAACGUUUCUGUUUAAGUUUUCAAGUCACUAUUUUAAGUCUUAUAAUUGUUAAUUAAAUAAUAAAGUAAAUCUAUUAAUUUAUUUCAAAAGAAGUAAUUGUAAAUGGUUAAUGAUAAGAAGUAAGAAGGGAAUAAUUUUAAAGAAUUAUUGAGGAAUGGAUAAUGCCACAAUCGUUGAAAGUGCAGUUAAUCGCUUCUUCUCAGCUGGAGAAAAUGAAGCACACAUUUGGCUGUUACAAGUACAAGAUUCACCAGAAGCAUGGUCUUUUGUCUGGGAAUUGUUGGUACCAACGAAGUCGAAAGAAGUGCAAUUCUUUGCGGCCAAUACAUUACAUUCGAAAAUUUCGAGACAAUGGACUGAAGUACCAAGUGAAGAAUAUUUAGCCCUGCAACAUAGACUGCUCACCGUCAUGAAACAAUUGAAUGCAUCGAAUUUAGUUAUAUCGAAACUUUGUCAAGCGUUGGCAGCUUUUCUAAUAAAUCUCAACAAAACGAAAGAAGAGGAACGAGAAAAGGGCUUAGUGGGAAGUUUGAUAGAAAUUUUACCUCCGGAUUCUUCAGAGACAAUAGAAUUUCAUCUUAGAGUAUUAAGUUAUUUACCUAAGGAGUUUGAAAGACGAAAUGAAUUGAAAGGACCGAAGCGAGAUGCAAUAGUCAGUAAUUGGAGUAAGACGACAUGGAUUUUGCAACAAGUCUUCACAACACUUGAUCAGACUGCCUCUAGUAAUAACAAUAAGCUUUAUUUUUUGAGUUUAGAAUGUUUACUCUCGUGGCUUAAACUCGGACAAUUGCCACUCGAAACAACAGCACAAAUUUAUCCUCAUUUAUUAACAGCUGCUGCACGAUAUCUUCCAAAUCGGGAUGAUUUAGAUGAGGAGCACAUAAGGGGCUGGGAAAUAAUUCAAGAAUGUCUAUCGAUGAUAUUGACACACACGGAACUGCAUAAACGACCGCAAUUAUUUUGGGAAUGGUCGAGAAGUAUUGUACAUACGGCACGUGAGCAUGGCGCAAAUUAUUAUUACGAGACAUUGUCAACAUUGGGUGAGGCAAAUAGUCGAACGUUGCUAUUGGCAUUGGCGAAUGAUACGAAUGAGGUGCAAAAAUGGACAGCGCAGCAAGUGGUUGAAAUUCUAUUGGAAUGUUCGGAGCAACCGGGACGUUAUCCUUGUGAUGAGAAGCGUAGUUGUAUACCAUUUGGUUUUUGGUAUACAUUUCAGGAUGAUUUGGGAACAUUGGAUCAACCUGUUGAUGCACAGGCUGCUUUAGCCCUCAGGCCUAUUUACGCCAGAUUGGCGCAAGCACUUUUACGAAAAGCCACAUUACCGUUAACGUCACGAGAGGCUGGCGAUUCGGAUGAUCGGGAACUUUUGAGGUGUUAUCGACAAGACGCGGCCGAUACACUCGUCUAUUGCUACAAUGUUCUCAAGGAGGAUUUACUAUUGCUCCUUGGACAGAGAUUGAGUCAGCCCUUCGAGGAGGUGGAAAAUUGGACCCACGUGGAAUCGAGUUUACACGCUUUUAACGCUCUUUCUGAUUGCGUUGGUACACAAGAGGCUCAAUACGUUCCUGCUCUUAUGAAUAUUAUUUUCUCCUAUAUUCCCUACGAGAAGUAUCCUGGAGAGGUAUUGGCUUGUGCUUGCACGACAAUUGGAGCGUACGCCGAGUGGUUUGGUGAACAUCCCACGCCAUGGUUAGAGAGAUCUUUGAAAUUAAUCUCACUUGGUUUGUCGCAAAGUUCAGUGACAAUUCUAUCAGCGAGUAUGGCCCUCAAAGACAUAUCCAGAGAAUGUAGCAUACAACUUGCACCCCUAGCACCGUCGAUUUUAGACACAAUUGGUCAUUCCCUGCCUACAAUCUCACCCCAGGGUGUCGAGGGUCUACGUCUCAUGUACGCGGCAGGAAAAUUACUCAACACAUUACCAACAUUAGAGCAACAAAUUUUCUACCUAGACGCCACUUUAGGCCUAUGUGUCACGAGAUUACGUACCUUAUUGCAAAAUCAAGUGUCAUCAUCGCGAGUUUCAGUGUCAAAUCAAUUGAAAAUGGUUACCAUGUUUUUUUCCACAUUGGAAAGAUCAAUUGGUAAAACUGUUCUCGAUGGACUUUUACCUAUAUUUAAGCAAAUUGUCGCUCAUCCAGAAUGGAAUAAGGAUGACAUGACUCUAGAGGCAAUGCAUUCGUGUGCACAAAAAUCUUUAUCGUCCCUACCAUAUCCCGAGGAGGAUGCAAGACCACUAUUGACAAUAUUGAGUAUGUCUUAUAAAAUAAAGCCACAUCCAAUGGCGUUAGAUCUUUUGAAAAGUUUUGUUCUACUCUUCGGUAGAGAUCCUAAUAAUACCGUUGGUCCAGUAUUUGCCGAGCUCAGUAGUAUUACACUGUCAGGCGUUACAGCCUGUCAAUCAGUCGGUGGCAAUUUGUCCGAUCUUUCCGAUUUACUCGAAGCUUAUUUAGGAUUAUUGGCACAAAUUUGUAAAAAGAAUGCCACAUUAUUACUUCAAAUUCCAGAUCAAGUUCCGCAAAUGCUAAAAUGCGGAAUAACUUGUUUACUUCUACCAGAAACGGGAACGACGAGAGCUGCUGGUAGUUUUCUCACUCAUGCCAUAAUGCAAAGUCCACAUUUACAAACAUUUAUACAACCAGUUGGUCAGGAACUCGUUUGCGUUCUAAUACAGUGUAUUGCUGGAAGCGUUCCGAGAAAUAAUUUAGAAGCCCACGCCGAAGUUUUAUUAUCCCUAAAUAAAAUGUGCACGGAAUGGACGUCGCAGUGGCUAAGAAAUACUCUCGUAGAACAAGCGAUUCCCCAAGUUCCACAGUCUGUAAAGGAGAAUUUAAUUCGUAAUAUUUUAAAGGAAAGGACCAGUAAAAGACGACUUUGCGAAACGUUGAAAGACUUUAGUUUACAAUGUCUUCAGCAUAAUGCCAGUAAUAAUCUUAGAUGCGCCAUACAAGUUUAAAAAACAAAAACAAAAAAAACUUCUUACUAAUUAUGACGAACAAAAUCUAAUUUUGCUAUGUUCAGUUCAAAAAUUUAUUUUGCAAUAUAUUUCAAUCAAUUUUAACAAAUAUUAAAUAUUUACAAUUUUUAGAAUUAAAAGAAAACUAAGAAAAUUUUAAUCUUUUCACAACGAAAACAUUGAAACUCAGUGAUUUAUGAAAAUGUACCAAACAUUUAUUUAUUACAUAUAAAAGAUAUUUAAAACGUUAUUUUAUAUUUUCUGGAGUA